UUGUUGCCUUUACACUCGGCUUCAAGGUCCCCCCUGCAAAUUCCUCCGCCCUAAUCAAAUAAGCAUCGCGUCUCCCCAUCAUCAUCAGCUUGGAACACCAGCCACCCAACAUACGUUUCCCUCAAAAACAGAACUAUCAUACCCGCAUGGAUUUGGUGAAAUUCUGUCUUCUUCUGUCUGCCUCUUUUCUCCUUCCCGCUUUUGCAAAUCCAGCUUCUUUCUUCUGACUUCCUUCACUUCUCUUGUAUUUCAUGCUUCAAGCAAUGAAACUGGCAGCAGUUUUCAAUUAUGAGAACGCUUUGUGACGCUUGUGAGAGCGCCGCCGCUAUCGUUUUCUGCGCCGCCGAUGAGGCCGCUCUCUGCCGUGCCUGUGACGAGAAGGUUCAUAUGUGUAACAAGCUAGCUAGCCGACAUGUAAGGGUUGGUCUGGCCAGUCCUAGUGAUGUGCCUCGCUGUGACAUAUGUGAAAAUGCGCCUGCAUUCUUCUAUUGCGAGACAGAUGGAAGUUCACUUUGCUUGCAGUGUGACAUGAUGGUUCAUGUUGGCGGCAAAAGAAAACAUGGAAGGUAUCUUCUUUUUAGGCAGAGAGUUGAGUUUCCAGGAGAUAAAACUGGUCUUCCAGAAAACUCAGCUUCACUGCCUUUGGAACCUGGUGAGACUAAAAGAGGACAAAAUCCUCUGCCUAAAGUAAAAGUGGGAGAGAGAAAACAAAAUCAUAGGUUAGCCGUGGUUGCAGCACCUGAACAUGAUGCUGACAGCCAUGCCAUGAUGGGAACUAACAUGAUUGAUUUGAACAUGAAGCCUCAGAGAAUACAUGAACAAGCUUCCAAUAAUCAGGUCAGAUUGCAUAAGAAGUCAAUUUUCUCCGGCUAGUUAGAAAUCGCCAUCCGAGUUCAUGCGUGCUUAAGAUAAAUAGUUAGUCACUUUUCAAUUCUCACAGGCUUGAAGGAAAAUAGAAUCAUUAACUUUAUUUAUUCGGUUAACUGGUCUUAAUAACUAAGGGAGUCAUGAUUCACAGGAAUGACACUGUAGAACUGGACCAACUGGAGUUUGGGGAUAUAAUUUAAAAGAAAAGGAAUUUGAACCAUGUCAUGAUUCAAUCCACCAAGUAUUAAACUGGUUGGCUAGUGAAGAACUAGUUAUCAACCUUGCUUGAUGCUUGGCAUCAAGUUCCACUGUUGUACUUAGUCACGUUUUGUCAAGUCAGAUUCCCAGCCUGCCUUGAAGGAUCAUCUCGAGGUCCCUUCGUAUCAGGAGACAUCGUGCAGAACAAAUUCGUUUCCCUCAAGCAGCUUGCAGAAGUUAACGUUACAAGGUCACUAUUAAAUGUCCUAUUUGUUGUGGGGCUGGAGAAUCCAUUAGAAAACAUCUUAAAAGAGGUUUUGCACCAGUGAAAAGAAGAAAAACUUGUAAACUUCUAAGUAUUGCAUCCUUCCAAAACAGAGAUCGUAAAUUCUUAUAAAGCAUUAAAAAAAAGUACAAAUCAUUGGUUUCGAUGGGUCUGUUUUGUUGUCAAGUUGAAGUUGAGCUAAUAACAUCUUAACAUUACGAAUUGCAUACACCAGCAUAUUUGCACAUAAUGGUUCUUUUGUUCUUGGCAGCCAUAAUUUGUGCAACUAGUGAGUUCAAUUUCUGCAAGUAUCUUACGCCAUCAAUCUAUGGGGGCCAAAAAAUUGUCAUAUAUUUCUCACGUAGUCAAGUUACAGUGUUGGCAAAGUGUAAACAUCCUCUUUGGCAAAUGGGGUUCAGAAAUGAAGCCUUAAGGAGUUCAAUUUUGUUAUUCAACACCACGCAUGUUUGUAUUGCACAACUUUGCUUAGUUUAAACCUCUGCACUGAUUUGUAAGAUAGCUUGCGCUCUUGGUUCGAAGGUCUUGCUUUGUCAAUUGGCUGCCUCCGAAGCAAAACAGGUGAAAAGAGACCUUUUUAGUGGCGUGUUAAACAACACAUGAUGGUAGAAAUUAUAGCUUCCAGAUUUGCCAUUGAUGUAAAUAAAGUGUACAUCUUAUUCCCCAGAGAUUGAAAAUUUGAGAUUAGAUGUUUUAGGAGUUAAAAGUGACAAUGUUUUGCAGCUGUGGUUUGUGGCGGCUGUAAAUAAAAGAGCAUCUCGUAAUUGUUAGAAGACAAUCAUUUACUUCCUCUGAUGAAGACUUUCAUGGUUGUAAAUA